GGCCCGAGCGCAGAGCUAAGCUCUGGCGUUGCUUCCUUUCAUGGAUGCCGUGCAUCACUUUUAGGGCAAGCGCGACUCUCCUUUCGCAGCCUCUCCCCCAAAAGUCGGCUUGUCUCUCUUACUCUGCUUGCUUCAACAUCUCGCCGCCUCUGCUGCUCUACCGGCCCAUCUUUUGUCAAUCGCCUGCUGUGCAACCUUCGGCCCAUUGCACUGCGUCUCUGUUUCCUGCCCGUGACGCUGAGCCGCCGCGAAUUGACAGCCCCCAGCCGCUCAAACCCCCGACCGACCUUGCAGCUUUCCCUGAGACCCGUCGGAGCGAAGCGAGCCUCGUCUUCACUCGCCAGCCAGCCAGCCAUCCCUUCACCUCCAUCCUCUCUCCGCCAUUCAUCCCUUCCACAUCUGGCAGCAGACACAGUGCUCUGCAGCCUUUGCACCAACAGGUGAGCGCCUUUCCGUCAGUCGCACUUUGCUCGCUUUGGCUCUGGCCGCCCAAGCGACGCUGUCGCAAGCAAACAAACACCCGGCGUCCCUUUGCGUCUUGCCCCCGGCCAAAACCACCGAGCAUCUGCACUUCCCGCGACUUGUCGCUUGCCAUUGAGUCGGUUAUUGACAUUGUGCCAAGGUCCGCUUCACGAAGCAUCCCCUACCUACCUCCACCCUAGUAAUCGAAUCGAAUCCUAUCCACAGCCGCCAUCAUGGGUUGCGGAAUGAGCACAGAGGAGAAGGAGGGCAAGCAGAGAAAUGAGGAGAUUGAGAACCAGCUCAAGCGCGACAAGAUGAUGCAGCGCAACGAAAUCAAGAUGCUGCUGCUCGGUCAGUAC